AUCUGCUCUUUUUCUUCUCCCCGAUGCUCUGUCCCCCGACCCUCUGCACCCGAGAAGCUCCCCAGCCACAGCCACUCAUUUCUGGCCGGGAACACCGGCAAAGCUUGGGGAUUUCUCCCUGUUUUCUCGUUCUUGAACCCAGAAAUCGCCCCUCUUUGCUGGAAAUUCCAGAUCUGCGUUGUCUUCUCCCCUCUGUCCGUCGGCCUCCGCUUGUGUGGGUGUGAAUUCUCGGCUUUUCUGGUAAGAAACAGCCAUGAUUUCAUCCUUUUAGCUUUGAUUUAAGUUGGGUUUGCCUUAAUUUCUCUUGGUUCUCCAUUUUGGGUUGGUCCCGUGAGUCCCCUGCAGAGAAUUCCCGCCGGCUUCUUUCCCUUGCUAGCUCCGGUUCUUGCUGGAAAAUUCUGGUUCCUGAUCGUUCUGUCAGUUAGCAUUGAGAUUGAGUGCUCGGUUUUGUGCAAGUGAAGUAAGUAAAUUAUGGUAAAGCCCUUUGAUUUUAGAGCAUGUUUUAAACUGUUUUUGAGAUGGUGGCAAGGUUUUAAUUGAUUUUAAAUUGAUUUUACCAGCACUUGAGUGUGAUUAACUGAAAUGGAAAUUGUGAUGGUUUUCAUGAGAAUUUCCUUGUUUUUCUGGAAAAUGAGCAUGACUGAAAUGAAAAUGAGAAUUUCAU